AUGACCAGUCCGGACGGCGAAACCUGGAGGAGUCGUACCAGUGUGGUUGACAAUUCAUGGACGAGCGUCGCGUACGGAAGCGGGAAGUUUGUCGCAGUCUCUCAGAAUGGAAAUGACCGGGUCAUGACCAGUCCCGACGGGGAGAAUUGGACGGCUCGUGACGCUGCGGCAUCCAAUAAAUGGAGCAGCGUCACGUACGGCAACGGAAAGUUUGUCGCAGUCUCUUCUAGUAAAGCCAAUUGUGUCAUGACGAGUACCGACGGCGAAACCUGGGCAAGUCCGAUGAAUGCGCCGCCAUCUUCUGAUUGGUCGAGCGUGACGUUUGGUGGCAACACGUUCGUUGCCGCGGCGAAUGGUGGCAAGGGCAGUCGCAUCAUGACCAGUUCGGACGGCGAAACCUGGACCUCGCAGACCACUCCCGCAGCGAACGUUUGGAAUAGCGUGACUUUUGGCGCGAACAAGUUUGUGGCGGUAGCCGGUUCUGGAACGGGAAAUCGAGUCAUGACCGGCUACUCCUUUGGCGACAAGUGCUAUUGUGCGACAACGUUUGAUCACGACAUUGCGGACGUACUAGUCGAAACACCGCAGGGAUGGAUGACAAUUCGUCAAGCUUGCGAGGUACUUGGACCGGGUCCCGGUAUUGAAGGACGACUGGUGUACAAUGACAUACAGUGCGGGAAUGGACCACCUAAUAAUGCAGGAGAUGAGCACGUGUAUCCUGGACGAACCGAUGUACGUCGACUGGAACGUGGUAGACUGGCUAGUAUUUUCAGGCCGUUGUUUUCUCGGACUGUUCAUGAUGAAAUGCCUCACCAUCAUGCUUCUCCAUUGUACAAUACACAGCUUGGACCAGAAGGUUGUGGUCAGAUUGGUCCCCAUUGGAAUUUUGAUGCCAUCAAAUCAUUACCGCCAGGCAGCGCCCCCAUGGCUCUGCCCUCUUCUUUAGCAGCCGGAGCAGCUGCCCGGAAGAAAGCCAGGACGUGUUACUUUCUUUCCAGGCCGCUACGAAAAUACUCGGGGGCGAGCCCGGUUUGCUUGUUGCUGAUCAAGGGCAACAUUGCCGGUUAUAAUUGGCUUGUUGGUUCCUUGGUGGAUCAUCUAACUCGUGACUUGACAAGAGAAACCGUAGCGCAAGGCAAGCCAAGCGGACAACCAUAUACUCCCAAGCAGUUGGUCUCUGCAAUGGUGGUCAAUUCCGGUUUCUCUACUGGUGAAGCCUAUGUUGUGUGGGUAGUUCUUGUGUUGGCAUAUGUCUUUCGAAUGGCGCCCUGGUGUCGCGCCGUCUGGACAAAAAAUGAAUCCCUGUGUAAAGAUAAAAGAUACAUUCAUGUUUACAUUUAG